AAAAAAGAAUAAUACUUUGCCUUGGACCAUUUUGUAUUGGUAGUGAAUUUCAGUUUCGGCAAGUCGUUAAGAGGAUGAACUAUCACGUAGCUAUACUUUAGUCUACAUAAUGGACAGAGAGAAAAAGGAGAUAGGGAACAAGGGGGUUAAUGCCAACCGUGCCGUGAAGUGGACAACAGCUCGCGAGCCCGCCCUCGCGCACCUUUUCAAAGCGUGUGAGGAUGUCACAGGGAGAUACUGUAUGUUAGGAAGCUAGAGAUAGAAAGAGAGAGGGGGAUUGACAACGAGGAGCAGCAAUAACAGGAAACACAGCGCGCAGGGCUUUGCUUUCCUGCGGAGCGGAUGCACUGACCAGAGCAAACAGAAGGGCACGAGAGGAGCGGUUGCAGACAGAUAAAACGGGAAGAGGAGCACCUCAGAACUAACCGGUUCUAACGUUCUCACACAGAGAGAGAGAAGAGUCGGUUUCCGUGCGGGGUGUUAUCCAAUUGACCAUAUGGUUUUGAACCUAGAAGAAGACCGAGAGACGGGAGUAGGUGAGAAGGAGUCGGCCGGGAUUGGUGAGAGGAAUGUCCAGUUGGACAGAAAAGCACGAAACAGUCAUCGACGAGGAGAAUAGAAGGUUCCAUGGAUUCCCCUUCUGAUCUGUUUGGUCGUCAGUCCUCCCUGAUUUCUCCCUUUGACCUUUACCCUGACCCCUCCACCGCCCUUGACCUCCCCAGACACCUCACACCCUCUGGAGGGGGGCACGGUGCACCCUACCCUGGAGCCAACCCCUCCUACCCCCUUAUCCACCACCUGCUGCAGCCUGGUGGAGCCCCCAUGAGGUCCGGGGGGGAAUUACACCUAGACAGAUAUAACAGGGAAGAGGAAGGGAUGGAGGAGGAGGAGGAGGAGGGGAUGGGUGGACGGUUGGUAGGGGUGGGGGGGAAGAGGCUGAGCGGUGACGCCCUAGUGGCGGACUGGAGUUAUGACAUGAUGAGAGUGAAGCGAUUGAGACUGGAGAGUCUAGUUAAAGGAGAUGGAGAGAUAGGCUUAGAGGAAGAAGAAGAGGAGGAGGAGAAGAAAGGGAGGAGGAGAGCGGAGAGGGGGAAAAGGGAGAAAGGGAGGGAGGGGAGGAGAAGGGAGAGAGAGGAGCUGAAGGAACAGUUGGAAGAGGCUAGAGAAAGACUGAAGGCCUUGCAGGAGAAAGUAUGGAAAGCAUUCGGAGAGAGACCCGCUCAGGAGAAGAAGAGGUGGACUGGAGGAGAGCAGGAGGAGGAUGAUGAUGAAGAGAUGGACAAAGAGGAGGAGGAGGAGACAGCAGAAGGGAUCACUGAAGAGGUGGAAGAGGAGGUGGGAGAAAUAGACGAUCUCUCUUUCCCCUUCAUCCCCUCUUCUCCCCAUUUCCAAGGCAUCGCUAAACGAGACCGAAAAGCGAGGGACCAUGAGAAAAGGAGUGAAGAACAGAGGAACGCGAAUGGAGGAGGUGGGGUGUUUUUGGAGGGGGUUCUGGAGAGGGCGGCAGUGUGGAUGGGGUGUGGGGUGGUGAGGGGGGAAUGGGAGCGUUUUGGAGGGGAGCAGAAGUUUGCCCAAGCUUUGAAACAGGAACUGGGAAGCGCUGUAGCUCGAGUCAUCGAUAGGGUCCUCCGUCUAUACACCCAAAACGAACCUCUACCUCCCUCCAUUCAUCCUUUCACCCUGUCACCCAGAGAGGGAGGGAACGAGGGAGGAGGCAGAGGAGGAGUGUGGGCAGCCCUGAGAGAGAGAAGGGAGAGAGAACGGGGUGGAGGUUCACCUCCCCACUCGAACAGAGCUCCGCCCCCCCACCAGGAACAAUCUGAAGCAUUGCCGUUGAUUACCCGUCGCCCCGACAACCGCCGAAACCAUCUUCUACCCCUCAACAACCACCCUAACAACCGAACUAAAAACCCUCUUCUCCCUCCUCACGCCUUCUCCCCUCUCUGCCAGCCUCACCCCCCUCACCACCACACCCACCCCGCCCUCCUCCUCCCCUCCUCUUGUCAUAAGGACUCCUCCCACUUCCUCCCGCCCUCCUCCUGCCCGCUCCCCCUCCCCCUCCUCCACUACACCAUGCAACAGCUCUUCACUCGUUCUCUCUCUCACCUUCAUCCUCUCCACAAAGGGAACCCUUUCUUCCCCCACCUCACCCCCUCCUCCUCUUCCUCUCAUCCCUCCUUACCUCCCCUCGCUGUGAUGGAGGGAUUGGACCGGCUGGAUGGAGGGCUGCAACAUCAUCAUGAGAGGGAUGGAGGGAUGAGAGGAGGAGGAAGAGACGGUGGGAUGGAUUCUGGGAUGUAUCUCGGUCCGGGUUCAUCUCAGGAGGGUUUGUCUCCCUGUCAUCUGAAGAAAGCCAAACUGAUGUUCUUCUACGCUAGAUACCCCAGCUCUAACACGCUCAAGACUUACUUCCCUGAUGUCAAGUUCAACCGCUGCGUGACCUCCCAGCUCAUCAAGUGGUUCAGUAACUUCCGUGAGUUCUUCUACAUCCAGAUGGAACGCUUCGCCAGACAGGCUGCCCGCGACGGUGCACCCUGCCUGGGGAGAGAGGGCAGAGAGCCCCCCCUCCGCCUAGGGAGAGACACGGAGCUCUAUCGCAUACUGAACAUGCAUUAUAACAAGAGCAACGACUACCAAGUUCCUGACAGGUUUGUGGAGAUAGCAGAGUUAGCACUGAGAGAGUUCUACACGGCGAUACAGACUGGGAGAGAUAGUGACCCCUGCUGGAAGAAAUCCAUCUACAAGAUUGUCUGUAAACUAGACAGCCCUGUUCCAGAUAGUUUUAGACUGCCUGGAUGUCCAAUGGGCUGAGGAGAGGACACACACACACACACACACACACACACACACACACACACACACACACACACACACACACACACA